GGCUGGGUGAGGCGGCAGACGUAGGAACGAAUCAACCCGGGACAUUACAAAAGCGAAAUAAAACACUACGCCAGGAUUUGAUAGGGACCUAUCGAAGGACUGUCGCCAUGGAAACGCUAGUGCAGCGGCUGGAGCAGGCCGUGAUUCGUGUGGAGCAGGUGUCCGUCAACAUGCAGGUGUCCAAUGGCAUGGCCAACGGGGAAUGUAACGGGAUCAACAGAGGUCAGUCCCAGUGUAUGGAGGCCUUUGACCUGCUGCUGAUGGGGCCGUUGUCAGAGUACUUGAAGAAUAGCCGUGCCAUAGGAGAGGAUGUGGAGAAGCAUGCGGAGAUGGUGAACAACGCUCUGCAGCUUCAGAGAAGCUUCCUCAAAAUGGCCACCACACACCAGGAGCCUGCUCAGAUGGAGCUGGCUGACCUGCUAAAGCCUAUCUCAGAGAAGAUCCAGGAGAUUCAGAACUUCCGGGAGCGUAACCGUGGCAGUAGCCAAUUCAACCACCUAUCAGCUGUCAGCGAGAGCAUCCCAGCGCUGGGCUGGGUUGCUGUGAGCCAGAAGCCAGUUCCCUAUGUGAAGGAGAUGAAUGAUGCUGCCAUUUUCUACACUAACAGAGUUCUGAAAGACUAUAAAGACUCAGACAAGCGUCAUGUGGAGUGGGUGAGGUCCUACCUAUCCAUCUGGACUGAGCUUCAGGCCUUCAUUAAACAGUAUCACACAACAGGCCUGGUCUGGAGCAAGACUGGUCCCAUUGCGCCUCCCUCUCUGUUCUCCCCUGCCCCUGGUGGUCCCUGCCCCCCUCCCCCUCCACCACCUCCACCCCCUGGACCGCCACCAGUCUUCACAGGCGAACCGCCCCAGGCCGACAGCACCACGGCCCAGCAUUCAGCUCUCUUCACCCAGCUGAAUCAAGGAGAAGCCAUCACUAAAGCAUUAAAGCACAUCUCAAAGGACCAGAUGACCCAUAAGAACCCUGCCCUUCGCUCCCAGGGAGGAGAGCAUCAUGCCUCCCCACCCAAGAGCCGAAACCCUGGAGGCUCCUCCAACAGAGCGCCUCCCCAGAAACGACCCCCCCUACUGGAGCUGGAGGGGAAGAAAUGGAGGGUGGAGUACUUUGACCAAGCUCAUGACCUGGUUAUCGAGGAGCCAGAGCUGAGACAGGUGGCCUAUGUCUUCGGCUGCAGCAACUCUACUCUACAGAUAAAGGGAAAGAUCAACUCCAUCAUUGUGGAUAACUGUAAGAAGCUUGGUCUGGUGUUUGACAACGUUGUUGGCAUUAUGGAAGUCAUCAACUCUAAAGACAUUAAGUUGCAGGUGAUGGGUAGAGUUCCCACCAUCUCUAUCAACAAGACAGAGGGCUGCCAAGUCUACCUGAGUAAGGACGCUCUGGACUGUGAGAUUAUCAGCGCCAAGAGCUCUGAAAUGAACAUCCUGGUACCGCAGGACGACGACUAUAGGGAGUUCCCAGUUCCUGAGCAGUUCAAGACGGUUUGGGACAGGUCCAAACUGGUGACAGAACCCACAGAGAUCGCUGGCUGAUCGCUGAUACUUCCUCGUUCUCAUCAUCUCUCUCACACCCCCACAUAUUCCUCUUCCUCUCCUCCCUUUUCCCUCUACGUCAAAGAUUUCACAAACCCAUAUAGGC